AUGAACCGAUGUAAAAAGAGUGGUGAAAAUGAGAAUAAUCAAGGUGUUUUGAAUGCGGACAGGAUCAGUCAGUUGCCUGAAGCCUUGAUUGUGAAUAUAUUGUCUUUGCUUACUACAAAAGAGGCCAUAGCCACGAGCGUUUUGUCUAAACAAUGGCGCUCUCAUUGGAAGAUGCUGCCUAAACUCACGUUCCGUUCUAACCAAUCUUACUAUCACAGCCGUGAACUCGGGACGUUUUUAAAGGACGUUUUCAAGACUUUGCUUUCACACAAGGCUCCCGUUCUACAUAGUUUUCAUCUCUCAGUUGUGUUAGAUAAAUGUGACGAAACGGAUACUGGAGUAUUGAUUGGAAUUGCUCUUUCCCGCAAUGUACGUAAGCUGGUACUCGGUGUUCAAUGUUACGAUGGGAAAGUAUGCUUCAGAUUUCCUAGAUGCUUGUACAACUGUGAAACACUAGAAACUUUAAGACUCACUUCUAAUGUUCAUAUAGAUGUCCCUUCAACAUUUUGUCUAAAAUCUCUUAGAACUAUGGAGCUUAUCACGGUGGACUUCAAAGACGAUGAAUCAUUUAUUAACCUUUUAUCUGGCUGCCCUAAUCUCGAAAACUUGGAAGUGCAAGGAAUACUAGAGAACAGUGUGAAGGCUUUCACUAUUGCAGUUCCAUCUUUACAGAGGUUAAAAUUUUAUAAUUACAGCUAUUUUGAGCCGCUUGCGGGCUAUGUGAUAAAUGCUCCCUCUUUGAAAUACUUGGAUAUUGAGAUUUGUGGUUAUGGUCUUGAGUUUUGUCUUAUUGAGAAUUUGAGGAAGCUGGUGGAGGCAAAGAUCAUUGUUGUCUCUAAGAUAAUCAAUGAGAACCUUUUGGAAUCUCUAACUUCGGUCAAACGUCUGUCCUUGGAAUUGCCACCCUUGAUGGUCAAGUUUUCCACCGGCAGCACCUUCUAUCAGCUUGUAUAUUUGGAGCUACAUACACAUGCAGAGUGGUGGAAUCUACUUACCCUCAUGCUUGAUAGAUCUCCUAAAUUGCAAGUCCUAAAGCUCAUGCACCCUAUGGGUUGGAAAGAAAGCCCAGCUCCUGGAACAUGGAAUCAACCAAAGAAUGUUCCUGAAUGUUUGUUGUCUCACCUCGAGACAUUCAAGUGGAUAGGCUUCGAAUGGAAACAAGAAGAGGAGAUCAAAGUGGCGAAAUAUAUUCUAAGUAACUCAAAACGUUUGAAAAGAGCAACUUUUUCCUCAUCAAAACCCAUCACUGAUCCUAAAAAGAGAGAUAAGAUGGUCGAGGAUUUAAAUAGUGUGGUCAGGCCUUCGAGUUCAUGCCAGCUUCUGUUCAAAUGA